GCGCGGCGCCGGGCUCUGGCCGCGUCCCGGCGAGCGAAGGAGAGGAGCAAGGGCGCGGAGGUGAGCGGAGCCCGGCGGGCGCGAGCUGAGGGGCGCGAGCGCAGGCUCCCGCUCCUUUCUCUUCUGCCUCGGCGGCGGCGAGUCCUUUCACCGUGUUUGCAACCUUGCCGCCCGCCCGGUUCACUGGGGCUGCCCGGAGGCCGCGGCCGGGCAGCUGUUGCGCCGAGAGGGGGCAGCUGCGGAGUUCCAUAACCAUAGCAACCGCAUCAGCACCACGGCAGCGGCGGCGGCGAGGGCAGCAUCCUCUCGCUCCUCCUCCAGGCAGCCUUGCUGCGGGGACCCGAGACCCAGCUCGCAGGUGCUCGGACUCGGCGGGCCGCUUACUGCCGCCGCAAGUGUUGGCGGCCGGAGAAGGCGAAAACUGCAGAGCGAGAGCCCCAGGAGCGGUGGCCCAGGAGGCGAGAGAGGGGAGCCCUGCAGUGGGAGACAGGUAAUGAACCAAAAAGAUCAUGUCUGAAGUACAAGGAACGGUUGAGUUUUCUGUAGAGCUACAUAAAUUUUAUAAUGUGGAUCUCUUUCAGAGGGGGUAUUAUCAGAUCCGAGUGACCUUGAAGGUGUCCUCAAGGAUCCCCCACAGACUGAGCGCCUCCAUCGUUGGGCAGACAGACGGCGGCAGCCUGCACUCAGCCUGCGUCCACGAGAGCACCGUGCACAGCCGGGUCUUUCAGAUCCUGUACAGGAAUGAGGAGGUGCCCGUAAAUGAUGCCGUGGUCUUCCGUGCUCACUUGCUCCUAGACGGUGAGAGGGUGGAAGAGGCGCUAAGUGAAGUUGAUUUCCAGCUCAAGGUGGACUUGCACUUCACGGACAGCGAGCAGCAGCUGAGGGACAUGGCUGGAGUGCCUGUGAUCAGCAGCCGUGCGCUCCGGCUGCACUUCCACCCCCGGAGGGGUCUGCACCACCAGGUCCCCGUCAUGUUUGACUAUUUCCACCUGUCUGUGAUCUCGGUGACUGUCCACGCUGCCCUGGUGGCUCUGCAGCAGCCCCUGAUCAGCUUUACUCGUCCAGGAAGAGGCUCCUGGCUGGGUAGAGGCGGCCCAGACACGGGACCAGAACAGUCUAGCCUUUCCCUGGAAAACCUGGUCUUUGGAGCCGGAUACUGCAAGCCGACUUCCUCAGAGGGGAGCUUCUACGUGCCCUCGGAGCACUGCAUGCAGCACGCCUACAAGUGGCACCGGGAGCUGUGCUUCCUGCUCUUGCACGCCUACCGGGGGCUCCGCGCCUACUUCCUGACCAUCAUGAGGGACGUCCCGGAGCUGCCACACAUGGAGCUGGAGUCACUUGCUGUUGAAGAAACCCUCUCCCAGCUGUGCUCAGAGCUGCAGAUGCUGAAUAAUCCAGAGAAGAUAGCUGAGCAGAUAAGCAAGGAUCUCGCCUGGCUGGCCUCCCACCUGAUGGCUCUGUGGACCCAGUUCCUAGACACGGUGACGCUACACUCCCAAGUGACCACUUACCUCACGCAGGAGCAUCACACCUUGAGGGUCCGAAGGUUUUCUGAGGCCUUCUUUUAUAUGGAGCACCAAAAAUUUGCAGUCCUGACCUUUCAGGAAAACCUAAUACAGACCCACAGCCAGCUGUCUCUGGACAUCCGGAACUCGGAGUACCUCACCACCAUGCCCCCGCUGCCCGCAGAGUGCCUGGACAUUGACGGUGACUGGAACACCCUGCCUGUCAUCUUCGAGGACAGAUACGUGGACUGCCCCGCAACAGGGCAUAAUUUGAGUGUUUACCCUAAUUUUGAUGCUCUGGCAACAAGUCCUGCAAUAAUGAAUGUAAAAGACAGAGAGGAGAGCCAUGUGGUAAACCGAACAUCCCCUCUGACGGAAGACCUUGUCUUGCCCACCAUGAAACCACCCCAGAUGGACUCUGAUGAAGAGGUUAUUCGGUGUCCAGAGCCAGAUGAGAAUGCCGCCACCCCAAAACGCCUGGAUAUGUGCUCUGAGUCUCAGGUGUACCUGACAGUCGGUGAAUUCCACAGCAAAGCAGAUCUGCCCAAAGAUGAAAGUUGGAGUGGCCGAAGGCCUGACGUUGGGGUGCGCCCCCUGGCAGACGAGGACCUGCCCAGAAGGAGUCCCAGCCCAGAGGACGGCCAGGCCCCGGCGCUGACCUACAUUGAAGUGACAUCCAGCAAUAAGGAGCCCCGCGGAGCCGAGCCCACGGUGGUCGUCAGUGCUCAGCACGAGAGUGGGUCCUCUCAGGAAAACUAUGAACUGAGCAGAACUGAGUUAAGCAAAGGGGUAGCCGGUGGAAGUCCUCGAAAUGCCAUCUCUUUGGAGAAGACCACACUCCAUGAGUUAAGUGCUCUAGGGAAGGGAGCAGACCAAGGGGGCGGGGUGGCGCUGCUAAGUCUGAGGCUCAUCCCCUCGGAGCCCUGUGACCCACUGAGCUCUUCUUUGAGGGAUCCCUUGGACUUCAGGGCUUCCCCGAAGGACCCUCGCACGGAGGAGCAGGAGGAAGUGUCAGUGCUAUCUGGGGUCAUCAAGAGAUCCUCUUCCCUCAUCUCUGAUUCAGGCAUUGAGAGUGAGCCGAGCUCCGUCGCCUGGUCCGAGGCGCGAAGCAGAGCCCUGGAGUUACCCAGUGACCGGGACGUCUUGCACCAGCUAGUUCGAAGACAUGCCCUCCACAGGAACUCCCUAGAGGGUGGACACACCGAGAGCAACACGAGUUUGCCGAGCGGGAUCCAGGCUUCUCUCACCUCCAUCAGCUCUCUGCCUUUUGAGGAGGAGGAGCGGGAACUGGCGCUCACCAAACUGACCAAGUCGGUGUCUGCGCCCCAGAUCAGUAGCCCAGAGGGGACCAAUGAAGAUGUGGACUCGGUGCAGCAAAGCGGAGGUCUUGCUGAACCUUCAGCUGCGCACACUGAGGGCAUGGAUGCCCCAGGACACUGCCUUCAACUCAGUGGUGGCUCCAGAAUUCAGGACACUGGGGUUGACCACUCCCUUGUGGAGGUAGUUCCAGAUGCUGACAGCCCUCAGGGCCCUGGUUACAUAGAUAUCCCCAAAGGUAACGAGAGUCGGUUUGAUCCUCAAGGACCCUGUUGUCUUGAUGGCAGGACUGAUAACCCUCCAGGUGUUGAAACCAAAGGUCUUAGUUUAAAAAUACCACGCAUCAUAGCACUUGAAAACCCUAGAAACAGACCUUUUCCUAGAGCACCCACGGAGACCCCAAAGGGCACGCCUGAAGACGCUAAUGUGGGAGGAAGAGCUCUUUCUAACAGCAGCAUCUUGGAUGCUGAGAAUCUCACUCACCAUAAGGUGCCUGAAGUGAGCUGUCCAUCAGCUGCCAACACCGUGGACCUGGAUUCAACAGGUGAGCAGAGCAGCUCACCUUGCGUCAUUGAUGGCCCAGUGCUGAGCAGAGGAGCUGACACCUUCCUGGAGGAUGGACCCGAAGAAGGCACCGUGUGCUCCACUGUGACUCACUCCACUCACUCCCAAGUUUUGGGAACCCAAGAGCCAAGGGCAGGCACCUCCAUCAUGGUGUCCCACCUGAGCCCUGCAGAGACCUUCUCUCUGGACAGCCUGAAAGCUGUCGAGGUCGUCAACUUAUCUGUGUCUUGCACUGCCACGUGUCUCCCUUUCUCAUCUGUGCCCAAGGAGACCCCUGCCAGGGCUGGAUUCUCUCCCAAACAGACCCUGUUUCCCAUCACUCAUCAACCUUUGGGCUCCUUUGGAGUUGUUCCUACUCACUCCAGCAAGUUGGAGGAAGAAGUCAGUGAGAGGAUGUUCAGUUUUUAUCAGGCCAAAGAAAAAUUUAAAAAAGAGCUGAAGAUUCAUGGAUUUCUGUACAGUGACUUAUCUGUACUAGCUUCUGAUAUGCCGUAUUUCCCACCAGAGGAAGAGGAAGAAAACUUGGAAGAUGGGAUUCACCUGGUAGUCUGUGUCCAUGGCCUGGAUGGGAACAGUGCAGACCUCCGGCUGGUAAAGACUUUCAUAGAACUGGGGCUUCCGGGAGGAAAACUGGACUUCCUCAUGUCUGAAAAGAAUCAGAUGGACACGUUUGCGGAUUUUGACACCAUGACGGAUCGGUUACUGGAUGAAAUCAUUCAGCACAUUCAGCUGUACAACCUCUCCAUAUCGCGAAUUAGCUUCAUUGGCCAUUCUCUCGGCAACAUCAUCAUCCGAUCGGUCCUCACACGGCCCCGGUUCCGGUAUUACCUCAACAAACUCCACACCUUCCUGUCGCUGUCCGGGCCUCACCUGGGGACCCUGUACAACAACAGCACCCUGGUCAGUACAGGCUUGUGGCUCAUGCAGAAAUUGAAGAAAUCCGGGUCCCUUUUGCAGCUGACCUUCAGGGAUAACACAGAUCUGCGCAAAUGCUUCCUCUACCAACUAAGCCAAAAAACAGGUCUGCAGUAUUUUAAAAACGUCGUGCUGGUUGCUUCUCCCCAAGACCGCUACGUGCCAUUUCACUCAGCCAGGAUCGAAAUGUGUAAAACUGCCCUCAAAGACAGACACACAGGGCCCGUUUAUGCGGAAAUGAUCGACAACCUUCUCCGCCCGCUGGUGGAAGCCAAGGGCUGCACUUUAGUCCGACACAACGUGUUCCACGCCUUGCCCAACACGGCCAACGCCCUGAUUGGCCGAGCCGCUCACAUCGCUGUGCUGGACUCUGAACUCUUCCUCGAGAAAUUCUUCUUGGUGGCGGGACUCAAUUACUUCAAGUAGUGGCUUUGGAGGGGCUCUGCUGGAAACAUUUAAGACCCGUGAGAACUCUGGUUGAGACAUCCUUUUACAGACCUCCGUCAUUCCAGGGUGGCGCUCAGAGAGGGAGGCACUGAGGGCUGGAGGGUGGGGAUAGGACCGGACAGCCGAGGUGCUUUCAUUUGGAGACUGGGGAAAGCUGAACCCACAGUGUAACAGACAACAGACUUUGGCCGAACCUGGCUAGCCACCUGGAGUCUCAUUCAAGAAGCUUUCUAGGAAAAUUUUGGGAAAAAUAAAGAAACAGAAUACUUGGAGUUGGUGAGCCCACCUUCCUUGCCACCACUGGCUCACAGGGAGGUCACUCCCGUUUAACUAGAUUUGUCCAGUCUGUUACCAGUUCAUAGCUUUAUCAUGUUUGAUGCACACAAGCAUUUCAGAACUCAGGUUAACCUCUGUGCAGAAGUGGAACAUAUUUGUGUAAAUAUAAUCCUCAUAGAUUCAAAUGUGCCGCUGGUUCAAGGCAGUGUGUUGCCCACUCUCUCAUUCUCUCCUCAUGUUUUCUCAACGAGGGACAAAGCGAGGCUUUAGAAACUCCAACUUGAUUUUGUAACAGCAGUGGGCGGGGCAAUUUAAGGUAUUGGGGGAGAUACAGGCAGUGCUACCGGUAAAUGCAAGUUUGUUACAAAGAACGUAACUGGAGGGGGACAGGGUAAACUAGCUGCUCCACCUUCUUCCCCAGACUCUUUCUAUGCAUAGCCCUGGUCCACAGGUCGUUUCUGUGAUGGCUUGAAUCUUUGUCUGCAAUAGAGAAGACUGACUGAGCUAAAGCUAGCAGAAGGAGGCACUGAGAUUAAUGCACACAUGUGUGAAGCUCCUGCUGAUAAACUUCCAAAGACAUGCUAUGUUAGCAUUUGACGCACUUGCAAAAAACUAAGACCAUUAUUACCAUGGCCAGCUCUCCUCUCCGUGCAAGGGGAAAGACAUCUCGUUGGAGGAGUGCUGGGUUUCAAACCUCAGGGGAGCUCUCAGAAGGGUGCUGGUUAUCUUGCACUGGAAAUGUCUUCUUGCCUUAGGAAAAUAAAAGGGCUAGGAAAGGUCACCAUUGAUUAAAAACCAAUAGACAAUGGGGACAAACGUGAGAGCAGAGAGUAGAAGCAGUCAGAUCGAGGACUCAGCCCCAGUUGUUAUUGGUCGGUGACUUAAGGGGAAGUUUGGAGUUACCAGGGUGUUUAAUACGGUCCCAAAGGCUGAGUGCACUUUGUGGGCUAAAGGAAGCCUGCAGAAGCAUCAUUAGUCAUACUGCAGGGACACAUGAGCUAGGACCGUAGGGAUAGCUGACCUGGGAGACCUGUCGUCUGGAGGCAAAAGCUCCUGCUGCAAAAUUCCCUCCUGAAAGUAUGGAAACUCGUCUGGGACCAGGUUCCUGGGCCGUAAGAUUGGUGAUGGUCACCAGUGCCGUGGUGAGAAGCCAAGUGAUUCUUGACUCAUCUGAGAAUUUUAGUUUCUCGUAUGUUAAACAGUGUGACUCUGGAAAGCAAAGUAGACCAUGGAAAACAAGUCCAGGCAGACGACUUUGAGGAGAGCAGACUAAGGAAUUUCUUAAGAAAGGAAAAGGUGGGGAGGGAGCUGACAGACAGACUUCCACGCAGCAGACUGCGGGUUUCUGUGUGUCUUCUUGGAACUCUCAGUGAAUCCUAGUCUUGACAUGUGUAGGGUCCGUAAGUCCCCUGGUCACUCUGCCACUGGGCAUUUUUCCAGUUCCUGGUGGGCAUAGCCUGGUUACCUGUGACCCAGGAAGACUUUGAUUCCUGUAGAGCAGCCCAUGAUGUUGUGUUUCCCGGCCCAGACAAGUGCCCACGGACCGUAUGUUUGUAGCAACUUCUGCUUUUUGGCCAGAUGAGGAGCUCUGCCCCUCUGGUGAGCAUUUCAUCUUCGUGUUUCCAGUGCCCAUCAGCAAAGUUUGUCAUUCCCUGGUCAUUUGAAAGACCAUGCAGCCAGCGGUUAUGGAGCCAGGGUGAAUCAAUGACCAUCGUCUUCUCCAAUAACCAGAUGCCAUUUUUAACGUCAAUAUGCUGUCUGGACAUAGAACUAAUGGCAAUAAACGUCCAGUCGCAUGGUGCACCUCUUUUUUACAGGGGUGCUCUGCUGUCUUUGUAAACCCUCUCUGGCCUCUGAGCAUCUAUUAUAAUUGUGUAGAAAGUACAUCUCUAUAUUAUAAAUAAGAGUGUCCAGUGUUGCGUGUCAUGCCUCAUUUGAAAAGGCUUUUUUAUGUCUCUUUCUAUCAAAGUAUAGAUAUAUAAUAUAUAUACACAGAAAAAAUAUAUAUGUAAUGUAAGACAGGGACGUUGUCUAAUUGAUUAUAAAAUUAUAAACAAAAUGCCUGCCAAGAAAAUAGUCUAGUAUGUCUUCGUUCUCAACGUAAAUUUUGUUUUUUUUGUGGUUUUUUUUAAUGAGUUGUUAAGUUUCUCAGAACUAUUUAGAAGUAAAAAUGACUGAUGUUGAGAUGAAUUGGAAUUUGUUGUUCAUGAGCCAAAUAUCCCCAGAGAAGUUGAUGCAAAUCUAAAGUCACGCUGGGGCAAAAUAAAUACCUCCAUGCCAGGUUGAGAACAACCAGAGUGCUAUGCACCUGGGGAGAAGAGGGGGCAAGAACAGACUCUGUUAAUUUCUAGAGUCCGCAGAUAUUUACUGAGCAACUCCCACCUGUGCCAGGUGGGGGCCCAGGGAUAGAAUGCAGAGUCCCUGCCCUCGAAGAACGCAAGGAAGAUCUGGCUGUGUUAUUACCACAUGAUGCAGUGAGGGCUUUGGUGGGGCAUGUGCCGGUGCAAGGUGAUUCUAGAGGUCCGGUCUUCAUUGCCUGGAGGAGGCUGAAAAGGGGGCUUUGAAAGUGAGACUUGAAAAAUGAGAUACUUCCGUUGCACAGUCUGUUACCACCAAGUGCACCUGCUCAUCAAUUCAUUUAUUCAUUCAAUCAUUCAUUCAUUCAACAAAUACGUAAUGGGGGCCUGCUGUGUGCUGGGGGUGUAUUGGUAAGAAUCGGGAGUUUAUAGUUUAGGAAAGGACAGUCAAUGGGAAAUUAGAGCAGGAAGGCCCCAGGGAGGUGGUAGGGAUCUGAUGGGGCUCAUACGGGGGACAGCCAACCUGCACUGGGGAUGUGGGGUGGCGUGUGGUCAAGAAGGGCCUUGUGGGAGACUUGAUGUCCAAACACAGACACAAGGCUGGAGAAGAGUUGGCUGGGGCCCUCAGGGAGGGAACAGAAUGAGUAAAAGGUUUAAGAUGAGAGAGAGAGAGCUGGGAGCCUUGGGUGCGCUGGACAGGCAGAUGGAGAAACGAUUUGGGUACAAGAGUGACAAAGAGGAGGAGUGAGAAGUCAGCUGCCACGCGGGAUUUUCUUCUUAUGUAAGGAGGAAAUCUCCAUGGUUGACACUAGUAGGAAAAUUUCUGCUCGGUAAUGAGGGUCCUGCGGGAGAGGAAGGUCCACCCCCUGCCAUCACUUCGCUCUCCAGAGUUGUUGAAUUGGAAGCAUACCCUUGGGUACUUGCAAAGCCCCAAAUGUAAUUGACACUUUUUCUGCCACGCUGUUCUCUGACUUCAGUGUUUACUUCUGAGCAUUGGUAAUCACAGGGCUGCCGUGUACAGGUGCACAGGUUGUGUAAAAAAGAAGAGUGGUCGUGGCAGUGAACACACAGAAGAAGAAAGCUGUGCUUUCUUACUUCGUUCUUACCAGGUGUCCGUCCCAACAUCCUUAGGAAGAGUGGAUGGUGUUCUUUAAUAAGCCAAGCACCAUGUCCUGGCGUCUGGAUCAACUUGAUCAACUUUUUUCCCCUGAUUUUUUUCUCAUUUAAUUUUUCUUUCAUUGUUUUAUUGAAAAUCUAUUUUAUGUUGGGUGUUGUAUGAGGCUGUAGAGGUAUUAAGAUACAUCGUAUAGUCCUAAACACUGAAAGGGUCCGGAGCAACGACACAAUGUAGUGUUUUAUUCUUAGCCGUGAGUUUUUAAAUUAAAACCGUGGAAUCUCAGAGUUGGAAGAGAAACAAUGGGUCGUUUAAUCCAGACUCUGUCUGAUCUUUAGCGUCCUGAGCUGUGCUCUUCCAACCUCCACUGACCCCAGGGGUCUUCAUCCAAGUGUGACAAAGUGAGAGUGGUGACAUUACUGACAAUAAUACAUGCAUGCGUGCUUUUUUUUUUUUAGAUGAAGAGCUGUCCCCAUGAAGACUUUUCUAUGCAUUCAGGGUGCCUUCUGAAGUCUUUCUGAGUCCCUUCCUCUUUUACCUUUUUUUUUUAAAGCUUUAUUUUCCAUGAUAUCUCUUUAUCGUUACACAUCAUACCAGAGAUACCCCAAUAGAAAGCUCUGUGGAACAUCUAGAAAAGCUGGACUCUUCCCAGAGACUCUUCUCAUGUUGACUGGUAGCAACGCACCUCCGUACUCAGUGGGCCAAGUUCUGCAAACCGGUUUUAAUUUUAGGGAAAAGUGACCCAGUCACACAAAGGGAUGUCCUCACCAUAGAGAGCGGGGCUGCUAGACCAGAUGUAAACGUAAGGACGUGCGGGUUUGUAUCUAAACCAGGCUAUUUCCCUACAGCUGAUCUUUUCACAACCAGAUUGUCAAGUGGAGAACGUCUGUGGCUUCAUUUCAUAGAUGUGGCUAUGAUUGUAUGACUGUAAGACCCAAUCCUCAAACCCAAAACUUCAUGACUCAACACAGAUUUCAGAGAUUUUUAGAGGUAAGACACAUGUGGGCUCUCAUUUACCUUUUUAGAAACCUUUUUAUUGAAGUACAAUGUUGUGUCAAUUUCUGGUGCACAGCAUAAUGCUUCAGUCAUGUGUAUGCAUACAUACUUUCCUUUUCAUAUUCUUUUUCAUCAUAAGUUACAACAAGAUAUUAUAUAU